ACUCCUCUCACAUUCCAAGAACUGAUAAAUACUCCCGUCCUGCUUGGCCGGUCCUGGCUCAGAGUGACCAUGGUCCUGCAACAAUGGUGGCUGAUUUUGGGUGUGGCAUGCAUCUUUGUAUGCAUCUCCGACCAGUCUUUUCCUCAGAAGAGACGGUGUACAUUCCAAGUGACUCCUCAGAACAACAACUACACAACCGCUGGCAAUGUGAGUGGGUCGGUGCAGCUCUGUGAGAACACCCAAUGCUGCGUGGGCUAUUUUAUAAUCAUUGAUGGCCGGCCAGAGGUUGACGUUCUCGCUUGUGAUAUUGCUGAAAAGUAUUGCCCAGAUGCGACCUGCAGGGCACAAACACGCUUCAACGGUCGCCUCCUUGUGUGUGUGUGCAACACAGACUUCUGCAAUAGCAACAUCACUUGGAUCCCAGAGUUGGAAGAGCCACGACCCACAUACUCUUAUUUUGUAGUUUUCUUUUUAGAUAAAAACAUGAAAGCUGCUGCAUUAAUUCUGACUUUGCUCGUCCUCUGCCUCCUGCUGAUCAUUGCCGCCCAAUGGAGACGCCUACUAAAAAAGAGAAAGGAUAAUACACCCUCCCUUGAUGAUUACAGUGUCUCACGACUGUGUUCCUGCCAAACAACAAAAACCUCUGAGAUUGACAUUGCCGACAUUGAACUACAGCAGAUUGUGGGCCGUGGGUAUUUUGCAACUGUUUGGCAGGGGAAAUACAAGGGAUCCAUUGUGGCAGUGAAAGUUUUCCCUGUAGGUUGGAAACAUAACUUUACUGCAGAGAAGGAGGUCUAUGAGCUACCAUUGAUGAAUCACGCUGGGAUUGUCCAAUUCCUGGGCUCUGGGAGUAAACCGGAUGGAGGCAGUUUGCUCAUUGUCCUGCAAUACGCUGAAUGUGGUUCUCUCCACUCCUAUCUGUGUAAACACACCACCAACUGGAUGUUGUCACUGAAGUUGUGCCAGUCUUUAUCGCAGGGACUCUCCUAUCUGCACUCUGACGUUCACAAACAUGAUGAGCAUAAACCUCCUGUGGCCCACAGAGAUUUCAGCAGCUCCAACGUGCUUGUGAGAGCAGAUGGCACCUGUGUCCUGUGUGAUUUUGGAUGCUCAACCAUCCUGCGUUCUUGUUCAGGACACUGCAGCUGGCAGAGCCACACAACAAACACGGAGGGUCAUGCUCAGUUGGGCACGCUGCGCUACAUGCCCCCUGAGAUCCUGGAAGGCUCCGUAAACCUGAGCAGCAGCUGGUGUCUCAUGCAGGGCGACAUCUAUGCUCUGGGACUGCUGCUGUGGGAGAUCUGGAUGCGUUGCACUGAUUUAUUUGGAGGUGGUGUUGCUCCGCAGCAUCUGUUGCCUUAUGAAUCUGAGCUGGGAGCCAAUGCAACACGGGACAGCCUCAUCCAGUAUGUGUUUCACUUGGACAAGAGACCCUCCAUACCUAAACACUGGGAACUGCUACCACAGGGAUCUGUGCUGCAGGAGCUCCUGACAGAUUGUUGGGACUGUGAUGCGGAUGCUCGACUGACUGCUCAGUGUGUUGUGGACAGAUUAGUGUGUCUUCAGUCUUGUUACUCUUCAUGACUUUUUUUUCUUCUAUUUUUGACUUGUAAUUUACAUAUCAAGCAUUUGCACUGUUCUCUUUGUGUCACAACUGUUAAGCUUCUCAGUAUAUUUUCAUACAUUUUAAA